AUGUCGGACCAGGAGAAAGGUGCAUACGACCAUGAGGCGGCGCCCGCCUCGCUCAGCGACCACCACGGCCAUGUCAACGAGGACAAGCUCCGCCGAGCCCUCUCGGCGCGGCAGGUGCAGAUGAUCGCCAUCGGCGGCACCAUUGGCACGGGUCUCUUCCUGGGCACCGGCAAGGCACUGGCCACGGGCGGCCCGGCCUCGCUGCUCAUCUGCUACGCCAUCAUCGGGGCCAUUGUCUUUACGACGAUGCUGUGCCUGGGCGAGAUGGCCGCCUUCGUGCCCGUCGCCGGCUCCUUCUGCACCUUUGCCGGCCGUUAUGUCGACGAUGCGUUCGGGUUCGCGCUCACCUGGAAUUACUGGUUCAACGAUGCCGUGUCCACCGCCGCCGACCUGGUUGCCCUGCAGCUCCUCCUGCAGUACUGGACCGACUCGUUCCCCUGGUAUGCGCUGGGUCUGAUUGUGUGGGUUAUACUUGUUUUGGCCAACAUCAUCAACGUCAAGGCCUACGGCGAGCUUGAGUACUGGCUCAGCCUCCUCAAGGUCGUGACUGUGAUUAUCUUUAUAAUCCUGAGCAUAGCCGUCAACGUCGGAGGCAACACGGCCCAUGAUUAUAUCGGCGGUCGGAACUGGCACAUCGGAGAUGCACCAUUUGUCGGCGGCAUUGGCGGGUUCGCAUCUGUCUUUGUGACGGCGUCUUUCGCCUAUGGAGGCACCGAGUCCAUCGCCAUCACGGCCGGAGAGACGCGCGACCCUGCCCGCGUGCUGCCCCGCGUUGUCAAGAACGUCUUCUGGCGAAUCCUGCUCUUCUAUAUCCUCUCGGCCCUCAUGAUCGGCCUCAAUGUCCCCUACAACUACCCGGACCUCAACACAAAGUCCACUCACACGUCCCCUUUUACCAUCGCCUUCACCAUGGCCGGAUCCAAGGUCGCCGGCUCAUUCGUCAACGCCGUGAUCCUCACCAGCGUCAUCUCGGCCGGCAACCACGCCCUUUUCGCCGGGUCCAGGCUCCUGUACACCCUGGGCGCCAACGGCCACGCCCCGGCCAUCUUCACCUCCCUCACGCGGUUCCAGGUGCCCUGGGUCGCUGUGCUGACCACGAGCCUCAUCUCGGGCCUGCUUUUCGGCGCUUCCUUUAUCGGUGCCGGCCAGCUCUGGACGUGGCUGCAGAACAUCGUCGGCGUCUCGAACCAGUUGUCGUGGAUCUGCAUCGGCAUCGCCUCGCUGCGCUUCCGCGCCGGCCUGAAGGCCCAGGGGAAGGAGCAUCUCCUGCCCUUCAAGAACUGGACGUACCCCUGGGGCCCCAUCAUCGCCGUCGUGCUCAACAGCUUCCUCGUCCUCGUGCAGGGCUGGAGCAGCUUCAAGGGCGGCUUCAGCCCCGUCGACUUUGUCAGCUACUACAUCGAGCUGCCCGUCUUCGCGCUCAUGAUUAUCGUCUGGAAGCUGGUCAAGAAGACCAAGUUCAGGAAGGCGCAUGAGAUGGAUCUAGUCACGGAUGUGUAUACGAAGGAAGACAUGGAGCCUGAGGAGGACGGCUGGAAAGGGAGGGGCAAGAGGGUUGGAACAUGGUUAUGUUUCUGA